AUGGACAUGCCAGCAGAGGAAUGGCGAGGCACUGGCACCAGUGGUGUGUUUGGCACAGAAAAAGGAAUGAAGAAAAUGAGCAACAUCUAUGAGUCUGCAGCCAAUACCCUGGGAAUUUUUAACAGCCCAUGUCUGACUAAAGUGGAGCUGCGAGUUGCAUGCAAAAGCAUAUCAGACAGGGAUGCCCUCUCAAAACCAGACCCUUGUGUCAUCCUUAAAAUGCAGUCGCAUGGCCAGUGGUUUGAGGUUGACAGGACAGAAGUGAUUCGAACCUGUAUAAAUCCCGUCUUCUCCAAGCUGUUCACAGUGGACUUCUAUUUUGAAGAGGUGCAGCGGUUGCGGUUUGAAGUCCAUGACAUUAGCAGCAAUCACAAUGGGCUGAAGGAAGCAGAUUUUCUUGGUGGCAUGGAGUGCACUCUUGGACAAAUUGUUUCUCAGAGGAAACUCUCCAAGUCCUUACUGAAACAUGGGAAUACAGCAGGAAAGUCAUCUAUAACAGUGAUUGCUGAGGAAUUGUCUGGCAAUGAUGACUACGUUGAACUUUCAUUCAGUGCACGGAAAUUGGAUGAUAAGGAUUUCUUCAGCAAAUCUGAUCCUUUUCUGGAGAUUUUCCGGAUGAAUGAUGAUGCAACCCAACAACUUGUUCACAGGACUGAGGUUGUGAUGAAUAACUUAAAUCCAGCCUGGAAGACCUUUAAAGUGUCUGUAAAUUCUCUGUGCAGUGGCGACCAGGACCGCAGGCUAAAGUGCAUAGUUUGGGACUGGGAUUCCAAUGGAAAGCAUGACUUCAUUGGAGAAUUUAGCUCAACUUUCAAGGAAAUGCGCGGAGCUAUGGAAGGAAGACAGGUACAAUGGGAAUGCAUUAACCCCAAGUACAAAGCAAAGAAGAAGAAUUACAAGAACUCAGGCAUCGUCAUCCUUAACCAGUGCAAGAUCCACAAGAUGCAUUCUUUCUUAGAUUAUAUCAUGGGAGGCUGCCAAAUACAGUUUACAGUAGCUAUAGAUUUCACUGCAUCAAAUGGUGAUCCCAGGAACAGCUGCUCACUGCACUACAUCCACCCCUAUCAACCCAAUGAGUACUUGAAAGCAUUGGUAGCGGUUGGGGAGAUUUGCCAAGACUAUGACAGUGACAAAAUGUUCCCAGCCUUUGGAUUUGGAGCAAGGAUACCCCCAGAAUACAAAGUCUCUCAUGAUUUUGCAAUCAAUUUCAACGAAGACAACCCAGAAUGUGCAGGAAUACAAGGUGUUGUGGAGGCUUAUCAGAGCUGCCUUCCCAAGCUGCAGCUGUAUGGGCCGACAAACAUUGCUCCCAUCAUCCAGAAGGUGGCAAAAUCAGCAUCAGAGGAAACCAAUACCAAGGAGGCCUCGCAAUAUUUCAUCUUGCUGAUUCUGACGGAUGGCGUCAUCACAGACAUGGCUGACACCAGAGAGGCCAUUGUCCAUGCCUCUCACCUUCCCAUGUCAGUCAUCAUCGUCGGGGUGGGGAACGCCGAUUUUAGUGACAUGCAGAUGCUGGAUGGCGAUGAUGGGAUCCUGAGGUCUCCCAAGGGCGAGCCUGUGCUUCGAGACAUUGUCCAGUUUGUGCCAUUUAGGAACUUCAAACAUGCAUCCCCAGCUGCUCUAGCAAAAAGCGUUUUGGCUGAAGUUCCAAACCAAGUCGUGGACUAUUACAAUGGCAAAGGGAUAAAACCAAAAUGUAUUUCAGAGUACGAGUCUUCCAGGACACUAGCUCCAUGA